GGCCACAAAUCAGCGGACAGAGGACGUCGACCGAAGUGUCCCCGGAGUGUGCGCUUCGUGAGAGGGACUGGAACCGGGAGACACAACACACACACACACCACGUCCUACCUAGACGGCCCUAGUUAGUCCGCCGCGAGAGAAACGGAGUAAUUCCGUUAACGCUGUAAAAGUUUCAAGAGAAGAAGAAGAAGAAGAACUGUCUCUCAAACACACGGGACAGCGGGUGGCAGACAUCAUCAUGGCCCAGAAGACCAAUCAGAGCCCGGUUCCUACGCUGUGUGCUAAUGGCUGUGGUUUCUACGGCAACCCCAGGACUAACGGCAUGUGCUCCGUGUGCCACAAGGAGCACCUGUCCAGGCAGAACAAUGGAGGCGUCAGUACUCUCACUGCUCUCGGCGGCAGCAGCGGCUCCUUGUCCGAGGCGUCGGCCAUCCAGAGGUUAGAGGCCACCUUGAAUAAUGCCGUGGCUGCUGCUGAGGAGGCGGCUUCAGCGGCCGCCUCCGCUGAGGCCGCCGCCGCCGCCGAUGCUCUCAGUGGAGCUUCAGCCGCCAUGUCUGUGACGCAGCAGAUGACUGAGAUGAGUCUCUCCUGUGAGGAGAAAGGAGCAUCGGGGAGCAAAGUAGAGCUCACAGAGCCAGUUUUGACUCAGCCCUCGGCCUCUCGUCCCGCCGCUGCCGGCGGCGAGCAGCCGCAAGACCUGGAGCCCCAAAAGCCCAAGAAGAACCGCUGCUUCAUGUGCCGCAAGAAGCUCGGCCUCACAGGUUUCGGCUGCCGCUGCGGGAAUCUGUUCUGUGGAAUCCACCGCUACUCGGAUAAGCACAGCUGUCCGUACGACUACAAAACGGAAGCCGCCGACAAGAUCCGCAAAGAGAACCCCGUGGUGGUCGCCGACAAGAUCCAGAGAAUAUGAAGAAAAAGGACUCUCGGUUUGACUGAACACUGGGAUCUAAUAGUCUUUAUGGUAAAAAUGAAAUGGACUUGAGCUCCUGACCUUCUUCCCGAAGGACCCGUUUGCCCCCCCCCCCGGUUUCCCCCUCAGUGCAUGAAAGAAAAGUUCACAUAUUUUCAGCCUUCAUUCUUGUUUUUGUUGUGUGCUACUAACACUUUUUAAAGGGUUAUAUGUGAGGGCGGGGGGGCAGUGGAGUUGUUGCGCAGGCUGUGUUGUGACCCCCCCCCCCCCCUCCGAGAUCACUUGAACACUUGCCUGAGAAAAUAGAUCUCGGACGCUCGGCCCUGAAUUUCAACUUGUGACCGCUGUCCGCCGAUGACGCCGUCUCAGCCGCGCUUGCUCUCUGCUGGCUCGAGUAGCAAAAUGUUUUUUCUUUUUUCUCGCUGCCUGAUCUGAACUCUGAGGUCAGAGUUCCGCCCUCCGUACCGGUCAGGCUGGUAAGUUCUCGGCCUCGUUCUCCUCUGUGCCGCUGGACUCUCGCCCGCCACGAGAACCCUGAAGAGACUUUAAGAAAGAGACUUUGUGUCCUGCCCGCGGCUUGUUUUACUUUUAUUUUUCCUCCCGUUGAGCGUGGGUUGAAUGCCGUGCCCUGGGAUCUGACUCGCAGGCACGCCGACGUCCACUGAACUCUUUACGUGUGUUGCCUCCCCCCAAGACAAGGUGUGUGUGUGUGUGUGUGUGUGUGUGUGUGUGUGUGUGUGUGUGUGUGUGUGUGUGUGUGUGUGUGUGUGUGUGUUGUAAGACAAGUAGCCUGAACUUGUAUUCAUUUUUUUUGCCUUUUUUUUGGAAGGGUUUAGCUCCACUAAUAUUUCAUCUUUUACUUCACUAUUGAAUGUUUUCCUCUAUUUUUAAUGUGAGCUGACGAAUUAAAAAAAGAAAACAGUUGGACUGUUGCACACUGCGUGGGAGUAAAUGUGGUCGAGUGAGACGGAGUGGCUGAGGACCGCGGUGAGUUAGACCGGCGGUCGUAGGUUAUUAAUCAUUUUUUCGUGUUUUUGAUUUUAUUUUUUGGUCUGGCUGCUUAACGUGUGUUUAUUUUAUUUUAUUUUUUUACCCUAUUUUAGUUAUGCAAGUUUGUACAAACAUCUUUAUUUAUAUACUGCAGUGUGCGUAAUCUUCCAAUAAAGAAUUAAUUGUAUGAUGUAAAUAAAUUUUGUUCACAAAUAUAAAA